CUGCCCCUGCACCGCAGCCGCAGCCAGCUCGGCGAGCAUGAGCACCCAAGCCUCGGACCUCGGGGGUGGGGCUUGCGCGGAGGCCCCACCCCGCCGUCCCCAAUGGCUGAGACUGCCAGGGGCUGGGGUCAGCGCGCACCAGUCCGAGACCCGCAGCUCCGCCCCAACGCUGAUCCAUGCGGAGGAGAAGCACAGGUGGGUGAGGAGCGAGUUUCUGUGCCCGGGAAACCUCGUCGGGGGCCAUGGGGGGACAGGUGAGGCUGCCGCCCGGAGAGCCCUGCCGAGAAGGCUACGUGCUGUCUCUGAUCUGUCCGAAUGCCUCCCAGGCUUGGUGUGAGAUCACACGUGUGUCACAGCUGCUGGCUUCUCCUGUCCUCUACAGGGACCUGAAUUCCAGCAUAACCAACUGGAGCAUUUCUGCAAAUGCAGAGAACAAAUACAGUCUUUAUGUAGGCCUGGUACUGGCAAUAAGUUCCAGUAUUUUUAUUGGCUCCAGUUUCAUCUUGAAAAAAAAGGGCCUCUUACAACUGGCCAACAAGGGCGUUACUAGAGCUGGACAAGGUGGAUAUUCUUACCUCAAGGAAUGGCUCUGGUGGGCAGGAUUACUCUCAAUGGGAGCAGGCGAGGCUGCGAAUUUUGCAGCUUAUGCUUUUGCACCUGCCACCUUGGUCACUCCACUGGGAGCUCUGAGUGUUCUCAUAAGUGCACUGUUGUCUUCCUAUUUUUUAAAUGAGCGCUUGAACAUUCAUGGGAAAAUAGGCUGCAUAUUAAGUAUAUUGGGGUCAACUGUGAUGGUUAUCCAUGCCCCACAAGAAGAGGAAGUCACUUCUCUGCAUGAAAUGGAAAUGAAAUUGAGAGACCCAGGAUUUAUCUCCUUUGUUGUGAUCAUAACUGUGAUCUCCUUGGUGCUGAUUUUGAUUGUAGCUCCCAAGAAAGGACAGACCAAUAUAUUGGUCUACAUUUCAAUCUGUUCAUUGAUUGGAGCAUUUUCAGUUUCUUCUGUCAAGGGCCUGGGAAUUGCCAUUAAGGAACUACUGGAAUGGAAGCCCAUUUAUAAGCAUCCCCUGGUAUUUGUUUUGCUGGCUGUACUUGUGCUUUCAGUGGCAACACAGAUUAACUAUCUCAACAAGGCACUGGACACCUUUAAUACAUCUCUUGUGACUCCAAUUUAUUAUGUGUUCUUCACUUCCAUGGUAGUAACUUGCUCCGCCAUCUUAUUCCAAGAAUGGUAUGGCAUGAAUGCUGGAGAUAUCAUCGGUACUUUGAGUGGGUUCUUCACCAUUAUCAAUGGCAUCUUCCUUCUACAUGCUUUUAAAAACACUGACAUUACCUGGAGUGAUCUGACAUCCACUACUCAGAAAGAAGUCCUUUCUCUGAAUGGCAAUGAAGACAAAUACGUCUUACUAGAGAAUGUAGAAUGUUCAGCCCCAGGAUUUGAUGAUGACAUUACCUUGUUUAGCAGGACUGAUGAUCAAAGUCGCUAGAAACCCUGAACUUUAACCGCUAAGAGACACUUGGAGAGGAGAAGGAAUACCUGAUUCUUGGAACAACUAUUAGGAAAGCUGGCAUUUUUAAAGUUCUAACUAAUAAUUUAGACAUGAGGCCAAAUAAAAAUGCCUUUAUUUUUGGCCAUCAAAUUUGAAAAUCAAAGUUUUGAUCCUCCUCCAGAAGGCUUCUGCUGUUUUUCAUUUCUGCAAACUUGAAAUAUUCCCUAAGCAUGAAAGAAGUCAAAGAGUUAGAUAACUCUCAGAAUAAUCUCUUUCUUCUGGUCACAAUAUGUUUGGCUCUGCCAGGUGGCUCUUCAUUUCUUUGGCUGCUGUUCUUAGUCUCUCAGUAAUUCAUAGGUAAACACAACUGUGUGCUGAUAAGCAGAAUAUCAGUCACCAUUCUCUAAUGAGUCAUAGUUUCAAAUUAUUAAAACUGAGAAGCGAGAUCACUGAUGCCUCCCACCUUCUACAACUUCCUUCUUUCUAAACUAGGUAGCUAAAGAAAAAAAUAGACAUGUUGGAAAUCUGCUGCUUGGUCGGCUAGAAUGAGUAAGACAAACAUGCCCAUGAAGGGCUUAUAAAUUGUUAACUUAUUGAGGAAUUUGAGGAGAAUAGGAAGGCGAGUUAACUUCUUAGAAAACUCAGGGAAUACUACAGGAAAAUACCUUUUCAUAUUAAAGCCUACAUAACAUUUUCCUAUCUCACUCCAGGUGCAUGGCAGGAGUAACAUUUUUGGUGGUCUCUACCGUUUAUGGAUAGAUUAAUCCAUUAAUCUUUUCUCAUUGAGUUAAUGGAAAAGAAAUUAGCUAUCUAUUUCUAGACUAACUUAUUUCUCUCAAAAAAAAUCCUAACCAAAAAAUUAUGACAUUAAAAACAAACAAAAACUCUUCAGGUUGACUGGAUUAUUCUCUUCUAAUGUCAAAUGUUAUUAGUUUUGUUUGUUUGUUUGUAAUCUACCUCAAGUCUAUUCUGGGUAAUAGUAGAUUCUUUUCUUUAGAAUUCUAUUAAAGUGACUUUAGGAUUUCCCCAGAUCGGCUGAACUGUGUUUGAUUUUCACGGUGAUGACCUGAGAUGAUUGCAAAGCCCUAAAGUGCUGGCAGUCUCUUCGGCAUAGUUUCGUGUUGAGUGCAAUUCAGUGCAUUCUAAACUUUUGAAAAUUGAUAAUCCGUAGAAGAUUCAUGGGUUGAUACCUCAGGUCAAAUAUAUGUUUACUGUGUUGAUUGCUGUUUCACCUUAAUUGUAUAACAGAUAUAUAAGCUAUGAAUGCAAGUUUGUAGAAAAGUAUUCUCUCAAAAAGUAGUGUCUUAAAGUUGUAGAAAUUCUUUUAAGUUUCUCUUUUUCUGUUGAAAACUCUUGCUGAUUUCUCCAGGACACCUUCUUGAUGAGGAAAUUAAUAG